UCUUUCAAAAUUUGUUCGUAAUUGAAAUCUGUGAAGCCCAGAGUGAUGGCUAAAUGAUCUACGAGCAUCACCAUGGGCGCUUGCUUAUCAACAGAAAAAAAAAACAAGGAACCGAAAGUGAGGACCAAAUACCACGCUUCACAAAGAAAAGACCCAAAACAACUGAAAUCGGCGUUGGAAAACGAGCCCAACAUACUUAUAAUAGGUGCCGGUGUUGCGGGUCUAGCGUGUGCGAUCGAGCUAAAAAAGUAUGGCUUUGAGUUCGUACACAUAUUGGAGUCUUCUGGGCGUAUCGGUGGGCGUAUUUACACAAUAAACUUCGGUGAUAAUACAAUAGAUCUGGGCGCGCAAUGGGUCCAUGGUGAACGUGGAAAUGCCGUUUUCCAAAUGGUAUACAAAUUGAAUCUCUUGGACUCUUCCGGGGACCUAUUUACGCGCGUCGAUUGGAUUCGAUCCGAUGGAGAGCCCGUGCCGCGUGCGCUUGUCCUAAAGUUAAUAAAUCUUGUGACAACUAUAUUUGAGAAUCGACAUCAAGAUCUGGCAGAUUAUGACGGCACAUUUAAUGAGUACCUUCAGACAAAGUUUGGUCAGGAGUUGGAAAAGCCCGCGUUUCAGGAUGUGGAUAGGUCUAUGGCCAAUUCAUUCUUACGCGCCUUUUGUAAAAUGGAGGGUGCUGCCGUAGAGUCGGGUAUUGACCAAAUGUCUGGCUCGGGCUUUGAGAGCUAUGAGCCCUGUCCUGGCGACAACAUGCUAAAUUGGCGAGAUAAAGGUUUCAAAAAGUUUUUGCACGUUCUACUUGGUGGAGAUGAAAUGAAUGAGCUUGGCAAUCUAAAGGACUGCGUUCUUUUUAAUCAGCGCGUGAUACGCAUCGAGUGGGAUCGUAUGGACGGUUCGGUGAUGGUAUAUUGUGAGGGCGAUCAGAGCUAUUUGGCCGAUCAUGUGGUAAUCUCUGUUUCACUGGGCGUGCUAAAAAAGAAUUCGUCCUUGUUUGUACCGGUCCUGCCUUCUGAUAAGCGUCGCGCCAUUAACUUUCUCGGCUUUGGUCACAUUUGCAAGAUAUUCAUUGAGUUUGAUGCCGCGUUUUGGCCAGUUUCCUGGCCUGGAUUUAAUGUGAUUUGGCAAGAGAAGGACUUGGAGGAUGCGAAAAACGAAGAAUUGAAGUGGACAACUGAAAUUUAUGCCUUUUAUUGCACCAAGUAUCAGCCGCGCGUCCUUCAGGGCUGGUGUGCCGGAGAGUGUGUUGAGUAUAUAGAGACUUUAGAUUCCAAGACGUUAACGCAGGGUAUAAUCACAAUUUUGAAACGUUUUUUGCCAAAAAUGAAAAUACCUCUGCCAAAGCGUGUAAUGACUAGCAAGUGGACCACAAACCCCGCACAUUUAGGUGCAUAUUCCUAUCCUUCCAUGCUGACGAAGUCCUUCAAUACCGGUGCUGAAGAACUGGCGCAGCCAGUCAACAUGUUGGCUUAUGAGCCGAUGAACGACUCCAAGAUGACCAUCGAGCCAAUGACAGUUAGGCCAGUUCUUUUGUUUUGCGGAGAAGCGACGAGCAGCAACCACUACUCUACGGUGCACGGCGCUGUGGAAUCCGGCCUACGUGAGGCACAUCGACUGGCUGGCUAUUACCUAAAGGACUUGUAGCGAGGAAGUGAUAUCCUGAAUGUGAUGUUGGUUUAUUUCGUUUUUGUAUUUAAAUAUCGUAUACAAUACAACUAAUUAUCUUUUA